AUGACAGAAAUCCGUGGCGCCCAUAGUCCUCUCUUCGGAGGCCGAAACCAGUCGCGGCUCACAGAUGCGGGACCUGAAUCGAAAAUGCCGGAUUCUUCGCACGGUUUCGGUGAAACGAUCUAUCCGCGAUCGCCCACGCUCGCCGCGGGAUUUCACGAUUGGCACGGCCACCCACAAGACUGCCACAGGCAUUUAAGUUGUGAAUAUAUGCAUGAUGCCUGCCCCGUGGCGUCACCAACGUCUCCAAACGCAUGCCAAGAUUCCAUACACAUCUCUUCAGGCGCUGGUCGUCCUCCCACUGGCGAUGCGAACCCAGCAACAGAAACUUCCGAGGCAGACGGGUCAAAGUCCAUACAGCAAUUCUUCUGGCCAACGUUCGCCUGUCCCUUGCCAACCAUGAGCACAAAUGACGUUGGUUUUGAGGGAGUCGCUGACGCGAGAUCCGACGCUAGCAAGGCCACGCCUGAACCAGGGGGAAUAGGCGAGGAGAAAGAAUCCUACCCUAGCACUCAGAAGCGAAGUGCCCAGAUGCCAAACUCGCCCGGUAGCUCAGUGCUUGCAGAGUUAGACCACCUCUUAGACCCCUCAAGAACAAACAACACAGACAGCGUCACAGUGGCCGCGCCGGAUGAGAGCGGUGCAGACUGCUGCGGCGAGGAAGCUUUCUUCGGCAUGAUGGGUGGAGUGGACCCCCAGAAGCCUCAUCCCUGCAUUGUGCUCCGAGGCGCCUUUGAAAAGAUGAGAACAGGAACUAGGCUCAGUUUUGAAGCAAGCGAGUGGGACAAUUCCUGUGUGGAGUCGAUCUCGGGCGACCCCAUUAGCACAUCUGCAAGGGAGGACAACAUUUCAGGGGAUCACUGUACAUUGUCUUCUUUCCUUGCCUUUCAAAGGCACCCCCCCGCCGGCAACCAGUCAGAAGAACAACGAGGGUUCACCACCCGUGGUUCGCUGGAUCAGAAUGCGACAAGGUUGCAACUUUCUCCAGACAGAGGUCGCGAUGGCGACACGCAUCCGACUCAACAAGUUGUACAGCAGAGGAGACGGCUUGUACCGGGCACAAAGUCUACGCCCAGUUCACUGAACGCAGGAAUUAGCCAAGAAGUGCAAACUCGCUCUCGGGGGUGCGGCUCAGACACAUCCCUGCAAGCGGUUUCGGUGACUGCGGACGCGAAAACGCAAACACGCAGAACCGACAAAUGCCACAGAGGAGUGCAGUGCGGUUCGACAAGAAUUGCCUCGCUGGCUUUCGACGAGCUAACUAAAUGGCAUGCUGAGUUGCUGGGCCAACUGAAGCUGCACACCUCCGCCGCUGAAGCGCUCACUCACAAGUUGCUAGACGAGCAACGACAAAAGGAAUCUGGCUUCCAACACUUGGAGAGAAGCAAGAUGACUGCGGAAGAACUGCAAGGAGCUCUGCAAGCGAGCAGCAGCUCGCUUGCAGAUGUCCGGGCUGAGCUUCAGAGUCAUAUGCAGACCAUAAAACGGCUGACUGAAGAGGGUCGAGCUGCAGAGUGCGCUCAUAAGACUGAAAAGCAGUGCGCCCAGAGAGAACACGAGCUCUUGGCAUGUGCCCUUCAGGCCCAGUUGAAACACGUGACACUUCAGCUGGAGCAGCUGGAAGAAGAAAGGCGCCUGGAAGUUAACAGACACGUUCGAAAAACUCAAAUAGCAAAGCAACAAGCAGAAGAGCUGGACCAGCAAUACACGGCCCGGAUUCUUCACUUGCAGGCGGAAUGCGAAGCGCGGGGCGAAGCCAUUAAACAAGCACAAUCAGAGAUCCUGGCUCUUCGCAAGGAAAUGCGCACUAAAGAUUCUCAACACGCACAAGCUCUUCACGACAUCGAGUAUCAGAAGGAGGCUGACCUCGUACAGUCUGACGCCGUCCAGAAACGUUCAGCGCUUUCACUCGAGAAAGAGCUUCUGCGCAGCAGACUCGAGGCUGACCGACUACGCGUACAGUUGGUAGGCUCCCAGGAGCGGUUGAAUGCCGCUCAUCAGAUACAUCGUCAGGAAAUCCACGCGCUCAAGAAAGACCACGAGUCAAACUUACAGCAGGUGCGACUCGAGCACAAGCAAAGCACUCUACGGCAUCAGCAGUGCAUGCAAGAGCUGCGGGAGAUGGCCGCGCUGGGAAAAGAGGAGUUGGCUAGCGGACUGGAUGCUCAAAUGCAGCUGUGGAGAGACAAGACUGCCGAGUUGCAGGAAGGUGUAGACAAAAUGAGUUCAAAGAACAUCCAAAGUGCUAGGACGAUUCAAGAGCUCAUGACAGCUGUUGCGUCGUACAAGCAAGUAGCUGAAGAGAUGCAGGCUCAACUGAGGAACCUAACUGUGGCUGACAAGCAACGGGAAGUCGAGGCCGUCGUUCUUCGACGCGAGAGGGAGGACCUGUUGCAGGCUCUUCAGACAUCUGCCGCCGAGCACCAGGCAUUCCGAGAGCAAGCUCUGUCAAUGAAAAAUAGGUUGUUGCGUGCGGUCGCAGACAAGGACGACGCGCUCCGACAGGCCGAGGCAUGCCUUGCAGAUGAUAUAGCAAUUUCAAAAUCAAUUUCGAUACACCGCACCAACAGCAUAACGGGGUGUGAUUAUCCCGCGCGCGAAGCUACGCAUCGAAGCUAUAAAGACGCAGUAAGCCCUAAGAAGCAUCAUACGUCUUUUUGA